UCAACACGUUUGCUCGCUCGCUCACUCUCUUUCUGUUUUUUCUUGAUCCAAAGAUUUUUCUAGGGUUUUUUAAUUCACUGUUUACACCUUAAACCCCACGUAACAGAAUUUCAAAUUUUUAGAAAAGAUUCUAUUUACAAGUUAGAACCACCCCCUUAGCAUUAGGGUUUAUUUCUCGGCCGUCCAAUCGGACCUGAUUUCUGCUGUUGUGAGCUGAAUUUCUGCUUCUUCAAUGCUGGAAGUAGUACGGAAUCGCUAGAGUUGACUGCAAAGUCAGAAAGAACGGGUGACGAAGUAAUGAGUAGCGGGUGAUUGAUGUGAAUUUUCGGGGAAUAUUUGGACUAGAAUGUGGAGUUUGGAUACAAUAGUAGGAGCAAAGAAGUGAUAUGAGGAGUUGAAUAUGAGCGAUGGAGGUGGGGAGAGUGGAAGUAAGCAUGAACAAUCACACGGAAAGAGAAAAUCUGAUGGCGAUGACUUUGCCCAAGCGAUUGCCAAGAUUGCCGUAGCACAGGUAUGCGAGAGAGUGGGGUUUCAGACUUUUCAACAGUCUGCUCUUGGAACAUUGUCUGAAAUUGCUGUGCGGUAUAUACAUCAUAUUGGAAAGACUGCACAUUUCUAUGCAAAUUUAGCUGGUAGAACUGAGGUUAAUGCUUUCGAUAUCUUUCAAGGAUUAGAAGAUUUGGGGUCAACGCAAGGGUUUUUAGGUGCUUCUGAUAUCGAUCACUGUCUUACAAGUUCAGGUGUAGUUCGGGAGCUUAUUCAGUAUGUUAAUGAAGUUCAGGAAAUCCCAUUUGCAUAUUCUAUACCACGUUUCCCAGUUGUUAAAGAUCGAAAGCUAUCAUCCAGUUUCUUGCAAAUUGGAGAGGAGCCUCCUGAUGAACACAUUCCAGCUUGGCUGCCUGCUUUCCCUGAUCCUCAGACUUAUCUUCAAUUGCCCACUCGGAAUGGGAGAGAAACUGAUUCUGAAACUGAAAAGAUUGAGCUGGGAAGGCAGCAGAGAAAGAUGGAAAUGUCUAUGUUGAAUUUGCAGCAGCAAUUUUCUGGCAGUGGACCACAAGGACCUUCGUCAGUUGCCCAUGGAGACAAUCCUAAGGAUAAACAGGCAGCUGAAAGUAAUCCAUUUCUUUCUGAACCCCUGCAUUUUGAGGAAAAGGAAGUAUCUUCUGUGGCUGUUCCAGCUAAGCUUUCAAAGGAAGUAGCUUCGAAAACUCCUGUUGCAGAAAACUGUGGGGUGGUUAAUCACGUUUCAGUGCUGCAGACAUUUGCUCCAGCUAUUGAGGCAAUGAAGAAUAAGUUGUGUGAUUCUGAGGAGGAACAGGAAAAGGUUCUUAUGAACCAGAGGCCUGCUGUGCAAUUUAAGAUUGGACUUGGAAAGAAGUCAUUGAGUAAGCCGCUUAAAUUGGGUCCACAGCACAGGGAUGUUGAGAUGAUUGCUCCUUGGUUUUGCAAGGAUGUUGAGAAGGAUGAGAAGAAAAGGCGAGCUGAAAAAAUCCUGAAGGAUUCUAUGGAGAAUACCCAGGAACUGGCUCAGUUGUAAAAUAGUUUAUUUUUAUUAGAGUUUGUAUACUUCCCUAGGAAACUUGGUUUCAGCUUAGUCAAAGACAAGGACAUAUGAUUUUCUGCAUAUUGACCUUUUAGAAUGGAUUUACAAACUGCUAGAGGGAAAUGCAAUCACUCUAACAAGUUCUUGAGGUAGGUUUAUGUCAGUUUCCAUGAUAGACCCUCUCAGUGAUUCUUUUAAUUGAAUUCUUGUUAUUUCGUUUAUGAUCUUAGAGUGAAUGGAUAAAUGUAUGUUUCCACUGUUGGCUCUGUUCUGUGUUUGCUCUCCAUAUGUCUAAUGUGCUGAUUGUAACUGAAUUUUGUAAAAGUUAUAUAAUGUUGAUCUUAUUUUUAAUGAA